ACAAUAGCGGAAAGGCCUGGAGAGGGCAAAAGAACUGAGUCAGGAACUGGUUACAGUGAUGGGGAUGGGGAUAGGGAUGGGGAGCGAUGGGGAGUGCAGGUCAAGGCCAUUACUAGAGCGCGUAGCUCCAGCGCCUCCCAUCGGGACAAACACAGACGUCCUGCACAGUCCACGCAGCUGCCUGGAUACGGUCCCGUGCCUCUCUGGCCUGACCGUGGCCGCCCAGCCCCUCCCUCCGCGGACGCGGGCGGCUGUCUGAAGGCGCCGAUCUGCCGAGAGAAACCGCCAGGGUUUGGGCAUGGAGAGCUCGGCGGGUGACCCAUACCGGCGACCUGCGCGGCGCACUCAGUGGCUGCUGAGUGCCUUGGCUCACCACUACGGGCUGGACCGCGGCGUGGAGAAUGAGAUCGUGGUGCUGGCUACCGGUCUGGAUCAGUAUCUGCAGGAGGUUUUCCACCACUUGGACUGCCGGGGAGCGGGCCGCCUACCGCGCGCCGACUUCCGUGCGCUCUGCGCGGUACUGGGGCUGAACGCUGACGGGGAGACGGCCACGGAGGACGCAAACUCCGCGGAGGCGGCCUCCACGAACCCGGCUGCUGGGAUGAUCGCUGGCGGGGACGCGGACGUCAGGGAAGAGGCGCGCCUGGCUCUGCGAGCCGACCCUCCAGAGCUCACCUUCCGCCAGUUCCACGCGCGCCUCUGCGGCUAUUUCAGUAGCCGAGCGGGGCCCCGGCUGCCCCGCGGAGCUCUUAGCGAGCACAUCGAGACACAGAUCCGCCUCCGCCGCCCGCGCCGCCGCCGCCGGCCUGGCUCACCGAGCCUGCACGGUGGCGCCUAUGGCGAGCGGGUGGCACAUCUAGAGGAGGAAAACAGUAGCCUACGCGAGCUGGUGGAGGACCUACGGGCUGCGCUGCAGAGCAGUGACGCGCGUUGCCUGGCCCUUCAGGUCGGCCUCUGGAAAAGCCAGUCGGACAUCCCAGAAGCGGCGGCGCACGAGCUGCAGCGAGCGCAGGGCGCGCUGGCAGAGGCGGAGGCGCGCGCCCGGCGGCUGCAGCGCGGACAGGUGGAGGUGCGGCUGCGCACCGAGGAGGCUCGGCAGGCGGUGCGACGCAGCUUGCACCGAGUGCGGGAGCUGGAGGCGCUGGCGCGGCGUGUCCCCUGCUUGCAGCGCCAGGUGCAGCGACUGGAGGCAGAGCUUAGAGGUUACAGGUCGGAAGGGCCUCAGCUCCUAACACCCCAACAAGCCAGUCCAAGGCCAGGAAACAGGAAUGGCGAACCUACUGCUGGAGGAACCAGAGAUUCGGACACUACUCCAGAGGGAGUCCAGCGGUCAGACAGCAGAGACACAGAUGAAGCAGAGGAUGAGCAGCUGUUCCGCUCCGUGGAAGGCCAGGCCGCCUCUGAGGAGGAAGAGGAAGAAAGGUGGCAGGAAAAGCCAGGGCGCCCACAGGCCCAUGGUGAGGUACCCCUGGUGCAACCCUCAGGCUGUGUGAGUAGGUGUGACGACCAGACAGCUGAGACGCUCAAGGCUUCCUUUGGCCACUGUGAUGGUGCUGAGCACAUCUGCACCCUAGAGCUGGAAACCCAUGUCACCAGGCUUGGCGAACAGCUGCAGACCCUGGGGACACCGGAGGAGGAGGCAGAACUACAGCAGAUGGUGGAAGCUGAGCAUCUGAGGCUAGAGCUGCAGAUGGUGGAGACAGAGAGGGUCCGGCUGUCGCUGCUGGAAGAAAAGCUGGUGGAUGUGCUACAACUCCUGCAAAGGCUCCGGGACCUGAACAUAUCAAAAAGAGCCCUGGGGAAGAUGUUGCUGAAUGCCCUGGACCGGAACCCCUCACAGGAGGGUACAUGUGGCACCUUGGCCAUCCUGGACACCUUGCACCAAGCUUUGGUUGGCUGUGAGCUCCUACAGAGAAAUCCCUCGGCACCAGCAUCCACAGCUCCUGCACACACGAACCCCUUCCUCAUCUCCUGCUGAGCUCGCUGGCCAAGUCUUGGGCCACCAUGGUCAUUCUCGCCGUCAUCAGACCAGCCUGACCACAACCAGACAAGCUAGCCUCCAUGAUCAACCUGACUACCAAUGGGACUAGCACUAGCCAUCGCUGGACCAGCCACCAUGGUUAUCCUGACUACCAGUCCAGCCUCCAUGGUCCGUGGCCACUGCUGGACUGUCUUCCACCAUCUGAACACUCUCCACAAAUGAUCUGACACUUGUCAUUCCCUCAGAACUCAGGCAGCCAAGGCUUCUUCCAAAACUGGGUCUGGCAGCGACCCCUUUCUUGGGCCUCUCACAUUCUCUCAGAGCCUCCACAUUGAAAGCCUGAAGUUGCUAGAUCAGCCUGAACCUGAGGCUGUCAUCUCAUCCUGGGCACAGCACACAGUACAUUCCAGAAUCUCUGCCCGAGAGUCCUGAGAUCUCCACGCACCGCCCCCCAGCGCUGUCCUCUUCCACCAGCAUGCCUGCUAAGUAAACCCAGGCCCAGCCUCCAGGACACAUCUAAUCACUGGGGAACUCCCCACCUCUGAGGCAGUGUUGCAACUAGGAACAGCAGAGUGUUCCAAGGAGAAAAUGAUGUCUGUAGGCUUGUGGGUGGAAGCUGGGCUGUCACCUCAUCCAAAAGGAGAGGUGGAAUGUAAGUAGGCACAGAGAGAAAAGUUACAACCAGAUCAAAGGUGGGAUGCUACCAAGGACCCACCCCCCUCAGGAGUCAGUGCCCAAGGCCAGGCACCAAACAGGCAGGUCUAAAGCAGGGGGCUGCCUCCUUUUGAUCUUUCCUGCUCAGCCUGAGCCCACAAGGCCCUGCUUGCCCCAGCCGACUGACCUGUGCUAUUUGGUCUGCUCAAGAAAGGCCUGAUAAGGGCUAGUGAGAUGGCUCAAUGGGUAAGAGCACCUGACUGCUCUUCCAGACUGCUCUUCCGAAGGUCCAGAGUUCAAAUCCCAGCAACCACAUGGUGGCUCACAACCAUCAGUAACAAGAUCUGACUCCCUCUUCUGGAGUAUCUGAAAACAGCUACAGUGUACUUUAAGAAAGAAAGAAAGAAAGAAAGAAAGAAAGAAAGAAAGAAAGAAAGAAAGAAAGAAAGAAAGAAAGAAAGAAAGAAAAGACAGGCCUGAUAAAGCUGUAUGCGUACUAGAACUUAGUGUGGACAAAUGUGCAAGGAAACACUCCAGGGGACCAAGCAAAGGGGAACCCCCCCACUUUGGCGAGUCUAACUUUGUGAGCUCGAUUCUGACACUCACAGGAAAGAUAGAAGAAAAAUCACUGAGUACUUCUGGGAGGAGGAGGCCCAUGGCCAGUGUGGAAUGUGCUCCCACAUCCUGGGUUUUGUUUUCUGUUUUUCUCAUGCCAGCAUGUCCGAGCACUACAGGAGCUCCCAACCACACACACUGUUGGCCUCAGUCUGUUCUCUUCAACAAGCUGCCCUGGAGAAGAAGCCUUUCACUGGAGCCUGAGAGGUGCAGGCUUCAUCAGAGCCCUGACAAACUGGGCAGAGCUGGCCCGACCCAGCCAAGGGAGAGCAGACCAGAGACAAGUUUAGAAUCCCUAAAACAGCCAUGAUCACAGGCGCUGUGUUUGGUUGUUUUACAUUCUUUGAGGGGGAUUCCCCCUAUGUUGCUUAGGCUAGUCUCAAACUCCUGGGCUCAAGCUAUCCUCCUGGCUCCCAGGCAUCUGGAACAAUAGGCCAUAGUCCCCUAUGCAGCUAGCUAAUCCUGGAGUAACAGAACACCUACUUCCUACCUACAUUUUUAUUACCACAUCACUAAAGGCUCAGCUUCUGGAGUUCCUUACCCAGCACAUGGAGUCAGUCUUUCGCAGAAGAUAGUCUGAAGAGACAGUCAUCCCUGACUGUAUCAAGAGAGUCACGAAACAUCAGACUAGGAAUUUGAAACAUCUGGUUACCAGGCAGCUCUAAAGGAAGAGGCCAGCCGCAUGCAAGGCCAAGCAAGCAACACAAACAUAGGAUGCGUAUCCCAAGGAAGGGCCAAGGAUUGCUCAGAAUCGUACAACCAAACAGAGUAAAGAACUCUUCCAUAUGAUCAGAGAUGAUGGUACAAAUGAGGAAGGACUCCAGAGAGAGGCUCAGAGACGAUGGUAGGAACGAGCGAGGAAGAACUCCAGAGACACGUCCUAGAAAAUUCUAGAACUGAGCAGCAGAGAUGAAAAGUCUAGGAACGGGGAGCAGAAAGGGCCAGGAAGUGUUGGACAACUCCAGCAUGUGUAACUGAGGGGAGGGAAUACAGACCAACAGCUACAGCAGAUUUGGCUGAACGUCCCCACGCUCCUGCCAGGCGCCAAAGCACAGAUCCAGAAGACAAAAAGAGCACAGGCAGAAUAAAUGCAAAACAAAAUAAAAUUUAAAAUAAUACUGAAGCCAGGCAUGGUGAUGCACACCCAGAAUUCCAUUGCUCAGGAGGCUGAGGCAGGAGAAUCAGGAGUGUACAGCCAGCCCAAGUUAAAUAGCAAGAGCUCAUCUCAAAAGGGACAACAGGAGAGAGGAGAGAGUGAGACACUGAGAUGGGGAGAGAGUAUUCAUUGUGUCUUGCAAAAUCACCAUUCAGAUGGAAGGAGUGAAGGUUUUCAGACAAGCAAAACUCACCAGGGUUUGCAAGAAACAAAGGAAGUUUUUUGGGGAGAAGGGGAAUUAUACAAACACACAUUUUUGAUUCAUAUAAAGAAGGAAAAAAAAAACACAAAAGAAAGAAUAAGUUAAGGUAGAAAACAAUUCUUUAUUUCUCUUAUUCUCCCUUACCUAACAAAGAGCCGUUUGUUGACGAUCUGAGAAUAAAGCAUGUAUUGCAUUCAGCUUCUGUGAGUGAAAUGCCCAGCCCAGGAACUGGGGCGUCUUGCUAUUGUGGCUAUUGUGGGGCCUGAAAAGCUUUGCUGCCCAUGAAGCAGCACAGGUGCUGAAAAUGGACUUGGAUAGAUGGGCCUUGCAAUGUUAGAACAGCCACUAGGAAAGGAAGGGAGGAAGGGGCAGCAAAGGAGAGAGGGUGGGGUUACAGAAAACACUGAAUCAGAACCACGAAUGGCAGAACACAAGCCGAAGUCAGAACAACAGACAUCAACCGUGAGCAGUCGUGGGAGAUAUCAGCACCCUAUCAGCAUCACCCCCAAAUAUUAAAGGUCUCAUUAUAACAACCAAAAGAUAGAGAUUCUCAGACCAGCUAGCCACAUGUUGUCUGCAAGAAUCCAGCUGAGGAGGCUGGAGAGACAGCUCAACACUGCUCUUGCAGAGGACCUGGGUUCAAUUCCCAGCACCCCCAAGACCACUCACAACUUCCUGUAACUCCUGUUCCAAGUGAUCCAGUUGCCCCCUUGUGACUCUUCAGACAGGCAUGUGAUACACAAACACACUCCAGCACAUACACAUAAAGAAAUAACAUAAAUGAACUUCUUCAAAUAAAAGAAAUCUACUUUAGAUUUAGACACAUGUGGAUUCAGUAAAGUGGGUGGAGUCAAGUACUACUGUGUCGGUGGUGAUCAAAAGAAAGUUAGGACUCUCCGUACUCACUUCGGACAGAGCAGACUUCAAGGCAAGGGGAAGGAUGUGGGGGGGCGAAAGGGGCAUCACAUGGUGUCAAAGGGGUCAGCUCAUUAAGAAAUAAUGUGUCUACUUAGCAACAGCCACAAACUGCUGGAGAUGGAAUUAACAAAAAUCCAGGCAUAGUGGUGCAUGCCUCCAAUCACAACACUCAGGAAGUGAGUUCAAAGCCAGCCUGUUCUACAUAGACCUUGUCUCAAAGAAUAAUAUAUUGAUAGAACUUUCAAGAAACUGAUGAGUCCACUAUCAUAGUUGCAGACUUCAACAGUUCUGUAAGAAAUGGACGCAUCCAGCAGGUCUGACACCAGUAAAUCUGAGAACACCAGAACCAUGAAGCAGAUGGACCCAGUGGACACAGACUACUCACCCCACAGUGGCACAAAUGCAGUCUUCAAGCUCAGACAGCAGUCUUCACAUUCUCCUAACUAAACUAUGCGGACCAUGCAAUGCUCUCAAGUGACAGCAAAAUUAAAUUGGAGUCUUGUAACAGAAAGACAGCUUGGAAAUCCAUAAGUGCUUAGAGACUGAAUACUAUAUUUCUACAUUAAAUAGAUAUCAAAGAAGAAAAUCUCAAGAGUAAUUUUAGAACACUCUUACCUAAAUGAAAAUGGAAAUCUACCCCAGUCGGAAUGUAUGGGACACACAAGAGCAGUGCUCAGAGAGAAAUGGGGAAAUGUUAGCACAAAUGAGACAUCCAAAAAUCAAUAUUCCUGCACCUCAGGAAGCUAUAAAUGAAAAGCAGAGUGUAAGACCAACCUGAUCAGUACGUCCCAAUCCGAAGUGUACAGACUGAAUACAAAAGAAUAAAAAUCACAGCAGAAAUCCAACUCAGAAUAGGACCUUAGAAAAGCCAAAGCUGGUUCUUUGAAAAGAUUAACGAAUUUGGUUAAUAAAAGCUUCUCACCAGGAUGAUUAAAGAAAGACCAGAGGAAACAACUUACAGAUACCAGAGAGCUCAACAGCAGAGCCCAGCAUGCCUGACCAAAGACCAGAUGCAACCACUUGAUCAGCCAGCCCACCGACCUUUGCAGAGCUCAAGGCCUGAGAUGCCAGACAGUGAAGAGUAAAGGAAAGAACUUCUCAGGGAGGUGACACUGUGCAGCUGAGCUAAUGGCCAAAGCCACAUCUCCAGAGAGCUGUUAUCAAGGGAACCGUCUCCUUGAAUCAAAAGCAGUUCUGCAUGAACAAUUCCACUCAAACAGAACCAACCCCCCAAAUGGUAAAAACCAAGUCAGUUUGUAGAUAGUGGAUUUCAGAACCCUGACCAAAGCUUGCCUUUGCUUCCUGUGAGUCCCAGGAGUCACUACGCACCAAUGAACUCCUUGGUCUAUGCUGUUCAAUAAAACUGUCUUUUUUAUGUUUAAUUGAAAAAAAUUUUUAAAUGGGCCAUUUUAUUUUAAAUCCAUUUCUCUGUAUGAAUGAUGAUAUAACUUAUAGCCAAAGAUUAAUUCAUAUUCCCAUUAUUUUAUAUACCGUGUAUUGUUGAGAGCAUACCAGGCCUGAGGCAUGGUAAGUGUGUAGGUAGACAUCUCUGUGUAGUCAGCAAACGACUAAAGCUUCAAAGCAGGUGAAAUUAAACUACAGUAUUUGCACAUUUAUAUUUCCAUAUUGGCCCAAUAAAUAAUACCAGACAAAGAAUGUAAAAAGUCGUGCGGGCAUGGUGGCGCACACCUUUAAUCCCAGCACUUGGGAGGCAGAGGCAGGCGGAUUUCUGAGUUCGAGGCCAGCCUGGUCUACAGAGUGAGUUCCAAGACAGCCAGGGUUACACAGAGAAACCCUGUCUCGAAAAACAAACAAAAAAUGAAUGUAAAAAGUCUAAAACACAAAAUCAACAAUAACACCACCAAAUAGCGUUACCUGUAUAAGCAAGCUGCUACAGAUGAACUUCACAUUCAGGAAAGUUAAAACCAGUAUUUUCUAUUUUUCCGCAUGCAAAACAAAGCUUGCAAUUCAUACCAAACAUCUUAGAAAAGGAGAUAGAAGAAUUUAUUACUAAUCUUUUUCACAUGUAAUAUGUUAAUAUAUUGGCUUAAACCCACUGCAUCCUUUCGUUUAUAGUACCCCUAUAUAAACUAAUUUUAUCAGCCGAAGUUCUACUAAGUAUUUUAAAAUUCUUUUUCAAUGUGAAAAUCUAGGAUUUCUCUGAGAAUCGUGUAUACAGUAUAUUCUGAUCAAGCUUUUCUCCUCCCUCAAGUCAAGAUCCUUCCUACCCAUCCAACUCCACAGCCUUUCUUUCUCUUUAAAAAAAAAAUCAAGAAUUAUACACAUACAAACCCCACAAAAAUUGAAACCAAAACGUGCUAGAAAAAAAAAAAACAACAACAACAAAGUGCCCAAAUGAAGCAAUCGGACACAAAAAGUCUGCAAGAAGUUAGUUGAGUUUGUUCUGUUCUGGCCAUCUACUGCUGUGCAUGGGGCCUCCCCUGAAGUGUGAUUAAUAUCCCAUGAGAUUCCACUGGGGAAAAUCAGGAGUUGGUUGAAGAUAGCUUCUUGCUUGGGGUAGGACUCUGUGUCCACUUCCCCCUCAGUGCUGGGACCCCAUCUGGAAACUUCUGUCUUCUUAAUAAAGGCCUCGUAAUUAUUUGA